CGAUUAUACGAAUGAGCUCGCUGCAGUUUCAGCCAUGUUUGAAAGUAAUGUCAACAUCGUACAAAGUUGAACAGUUCACUAGUACAAGAAAGCCUGAAAACCUUCGCCAUUUAUCCUAAUGCCUGUACUAGAGGUCUCCUGGUUUGACAGAUAAGUGUUUUUGCCCUGGGCGUGCUUGUUCACGUAAAGCCCUCGGCGUUGGAGAACCCAAAAUGGUUGACGAUAAACGGCAUGAAAAGCUAGAAAACAUUGUGAGGGAUUCUCGAAGCCCCCUCUAUGUUGACGGCCUAUUGGACGGCAUUGAAGCCCUUGUGAAUGACUGCAACUUUCCCCAACUUCGUCGAAACAAGAACGUUGAGAACUUUCUCCAGCGAUAUGAACAACCAACGAGAGUGAUUCAGACACAUCGACUGAACAAUGAUGACUUCAAAACACUCAAAGUUAUCGGUCGCGGUGCUUUCGGCGAGGUCCAGUUGGUUAGGCACACGCACACAAAAAAGGUGUAUGCCAUGAAGUUGUUGAGUAAAUUUGAGAUGAUUAAGCGGUCAGACUCUGCAUUUUUUUGGGAAGAGAGGGAGAUAAUGGCCCAUUCCAACAGUAACUGGAUAGUCAAGUUGCACUACGCAUUCCAGGAUGAAAAGUAUUUAUACAUGGUUAUGGACUAUAUGUCGGGUGGUGAUCUUGUCAACUUGAUGAGUAAUUAUGAAAUCCCUGAGAAAUGGGCAAAGUUCUACUGUGCUGAGGUGGUACUGGCACUGGAUGCCAUUCACACAAUGGGCUUUGUGCACAGAGAUGUGAAACCUGAUAAUAUGCUGUUAGAUGGCGAAGGGCAUCUGAAACUAGCAGACUUUGGUACCUGCAUGCGAAUGGACAGAGAUGGGAUGGUGAGGUCAGACACAGCUGUGGGAACACCUGAUUAUAUAUCACCAGAGGUUCUGAAGUCCCAGGGAGGGGAAGGCUACUAUGGACGGGAAUGUGACUGGUGGAGUGUCGGAGUCUUCUUAUAUGAAAUGCUUGUUGGUGACACUCCAUUUUACGCUGAUUCACUUGUUGGCACAUAUGGCAAGAUUAUGGAUCACAAGAAUUCCUUGCAAUUCCCAGAAGAUAUUGAAAUUUCUAAAAAUGCUAAAGAUCUCAUUUGCAGUUUUCUCGUAGACAGGACACAACGUAUUGGUAGAAAGGGGAUUGAGGAGAUCAAGAAUCACAAAUUUUUUGUCAACAAUGAAUGGGAAUGGCACUCAAUAAGGGAAGCCGUCCCCCCUGUUGUCCCGGAAUUGAACAGUGAUGAUGACACAUCUAACUUUGACGAUAUACCUGAACCUGAUGCUGGAGAGGAAUUCUUUCCUGUUCCUAAGGCUUUUGCUGGAAACCACCUUCCAUUUAUAGGAUUUACAUUUUCUAAAGAAUCAAAGUGGGGCAAUUCAAGUGGCGAUGGUAGAGGUGGCUCUGCUGGAGAUAGUACGGUCAGUAGGGAUGGGGGCAGCUCUAAAGAAGAGCUGAAUGCAGCCAAUCAGAAGAUAUUAAAGCUGGAAGAACUGCUAAACACGGAGAAGCAAGCUCAUUGUGAACUCGACAGAAAUCACAAGGCGGCAAGUGCUAAGCUGGAAAAGUUAGUCAAGGAUUUUGAAAAUGAGGCUGAAGCUCGGCGUGUUGCUGAGUCCACUAAUAGGGAGCUUGAGAGGAAUGCAGCCGUCAUCAAGCACGACCUGAAAGAGGUCCAAAGAAAGUGUGAGUUUGAAUCAGAGUCCAAAAGAAAGUUGGAAGGCAAGGUGGUUGAGCUGCAAACGCGGCUUGACGCAGAGCUGAACGCACGGGACAAGAUUUCUCAGUCGUCACAAACGGUACAGUCACGCAUCACGCAACUCGAGAAACAAGUCGCUGAGCUUCACUCGCAGCUCAAGGUGGAGUCUGAAGGUCAUGCCAAGGUCAAGAAGGCGCAUGGAGACUUACAAAAGUCCUACAUGGUGCUGGAAAGAUCCUACGGUGACUUGCAGGAUAAGAACCGCAUCAUCGGCGACCAAAAGCUGUCCCUAGAGAGAGACUUGAUCAAGGUGCAAGCCAACUUGGAGGCGGAGGUGAACAUGCGGAGUCAAGCUAACAGCGCAAAGGCCGACUUCGAAUAUCAAAAUCGUACGCUACGAGACGAGCUCGAUCAGUUAAAGGCCCGCUCAGCGUCCGACGCGCGACUACAGCAGAAACUCCAGCAAGAUCUUAUCAACCUCGAGAAGGCGAAAGCAAAUACAGAGUUCGAGCUCAAGUCGUUACAACACAAGUUUGAGAAAGUCACACUCGAAUACAAGUCGCAACUGUCAUCAUUCAUGACUGAGAAGAAGAGGUUGUCGCUAUCUCUUGAAGAGCAGCACGUGCAGGAGCGAAAUGAACAGACCAAGACACUGGAGAAGCUGGAACAGGAGCGUGAGGCACGGGCAAAGGCUGAAGCGGCUGCUGCUGAGGCAGAGAGAGCACGGUCCGUCAUCGCCGCAGAUUUCAAGAGUGCCAACCAGAAACUGGAAAGAUUGCAGGAGGAAAUCAAGUCACUGCAGGAAAAGACUGAUAGCUUAAAUGCCAAACUGAACGCGGAGUCUCAGAAGAGAGCGCAGCUAGAAGGAGACCUGGAGGCGAAGACGCAAGAGAUCGCCACGAUGAAGAGUACCGAGAAGCAACUCCAGAAGCAAAUGGAUGAUCUCUUGGACGAGAAGAAGCAGAUGGAGGAAGGCUACUCCAAGUUAAAGAGUGCGAGCGCAAUGGAUGACCUUCAGAUGAAGGAACUCCAGGACCAGCUGGAGGCGGAGCAGUACUUCUCAACGCUUUACAAGACGCAGGUCAAAGAACUGCGGGAGGAGGUUGACGAGAAGACCAAGCAGGUCACAGAUAUUGAGAGCAAGGUCAAGCAGCUCAAGGAAGAAAGGGAGUCCCUAUCUGCGCAGCUUGAGCUGACGCUGACCAAGGCAGACUCCGAGCAGCUGGCGCGCUCCAUCGCCGAGGAGCAGUACUCUGAUUUGGAAAAGGAGAAGACAAUGAUCGAGCUUGAGGUGAAGGAGUUGAUUGCACGACACAAGAGCGAGAUGUCCGACAAAGCUGCCCAGAUCACACAGUUGGAAGAACUCAACCAGCAGAUGACAUCAAGUCUGGACCAGAAAGUGCAGGAGAAAGAGGAGCUAAAUAGCAGUAUCAACAAGCUAAAAGCGGAGCUUGAAAAGGUGGAGAAUGAAAGCAAGAGUGUAGAGGAAGCUACUGAAGCACUAAAGAAGUCUCUACACAUCGAGAGAACGCUCAAGAUCCAAGCGGUGAACAAACUGGCGGAGAUCAUGAACAGGAAAGACUGGUCAAAAGACAACAGCAAGCGCAACAAGGUGUCAUCCGCUGACCUCCGUAAGAAGGAGAAAGAGUGCAAGAAGCUGCACCAAGAGCUCGCCGCGGAAAGGGAAAAGUACGGCCAGCAAGUGACCAAGCACCAAGCCCAGCUCGGCGAGGCACAGAUGAAUUUAGCCAUGGAGAUUGAGCAACGUCAAAAGAUGCAGAUGGAGCUGGAAUCCAAGGAUCUAAUGAUCGAGCAGUUGACGAAUCAGCUCAAGAACCGCCCCGAGGACCCCACCCUCACUGUAUCAGUGAGCAUGCCUAAAGAAGGAUGGGUGUCGCUCCCGAAUAAACAAAACAUUAAAAAGUAUGGCUGGAAGAAACAAUACCUAGUGGUCAGUAGCAGAAAAUUGUUCUUCUACAACUCGGAUCAAGACCACAAAAGUAGCACAACGCCUAGUAUGAUUUUAGAUAUUAGUAAAUUAUUCCAUGUGCGGUCUGUUACACAAGGUGACGUCAUUCGCGCAGACGCCAAAGAUAUUCCUAGGAUAUUUCAGAUUCUGUAUGCUAAUGAGGGUGAAAGUAUUAACCCGGUGGAGAAAGAAAAAGAGGAACAACAGUCCGCCGAGGACCGGAUCGCGGCAAUCAACUACAUGCGCCACCAGUUUAUCCCGAUGCACUACCACAUGCCCACGAACUGCGACUCGUGUCAGAAGCCGCUGUGGCACAUGUUCAAACCUCCUCCCGCGGUGGAGUGCAGACGUUGUCAUAUGAAAUGUCAUAAGGACCACAUCGACCGAGAAGAAGCGUGUAUUCAGAAGUGCAAUGUAAAUGCAGACCUUAUAUCUGCCAAAGACCUACUGGUGUUGGCCCCUUCCCCCGAGGACCAGAAGCAGUGGGUGCUGUACCUCAGCAAAAAAAUCGUUAAAAAAGAACCUAAAUCGAAAACCCCGUCUAUGAGGUUCGCCGAGGAUCAAAAUAUGAGGAGGCAUAUUAGUGAACGCAAUAUUCCUACUCAGCGGACUAAUCCUCCACAGCGAUCCAUUUCUGUGACAUCACAGUCCAAGAACAAGACUUAGAUACCAUGGUACGACUUCAAAUACGGUCACGUGUGAGUAGGGCCACGCCCCCAAGGAUAAAGAAACCAGCUUAUUGUGCAUAUAGACAGUCGGUCGGUAUCCGGACGGCGCUCGCGUUCAGACCACCAUACACUUGUAUUCUUAUUAUUAUUCGUGUUCAGAUUUCGGAAGUGCUGAUGGUAUUGUCAAGGGCUCAUCUAUACACCGGGACAGGCGUACGCGGAGGGUUUUCGCGCCUUUUUACAGCGCGAAAGCGAAUUCAUAGGCGCAACAAGUGAGAUGCUUUUUGGCGUCUUAUAUAAGUCAAAGUAUAUAAGUCAAAUUACACUGUUCGGUGCUUUUUUGUCUAGUUAUCAACGAGAACUCUUUUUGAAGAGUAAUUAAUACGUCUGCAGUGCCACGCCUUGUGGGCAGCUCUUACUAUAAGAGAAUAUUCCACCAACCAAAGCUUAAACGGGCUAACGAUAUACCACCCAGAACAAUUGAAUUCUAUGAUACUAACUUUGUGAUUAUUCUGGUAACUUUCGAUUUAGUAACUUAUUAAACAAUUUGAUGUACUGAUUUCUAAUGUUGACCGGUCGGGGGUCGGCCGGUGUCGUUCUAGCGAAUGUCGGUAUUGGUGAGACACACUGGGUGUGUAACACUCGUCAUGUCCCACAAUACUCCGAUAAUAAGGAAAUUUAAUAAAUUUUAGAUUUUUUACCA